CCAAGUUCAUUUCCCCGGAACUAACUGAAUGGCUUCAAAAAACAGGAGGAGUUUCCAGCCCCUGGUGAGAAGCAAGGAAGGAGUUUUGCGUUACGCUGCCAAGAUGGAUUGGGAUUCGAUUACGAUGGCGAACCUUCAUCUGACAGCAACCGAGCAUCGCUAUUAUGGCGAUAUUUUUAUAUAUUGCUGUGAAAACGCUGAUAGCGACAGCGUAUCGGUUGUUAAAGUUGCCGAGCUUUUAUGCUCUGCGAAUUUACCGCGAGACGUCACGAUGAAGAUAUUGGACAUCUGCGUUGGGAUCAAAGGCACAACUCAUAUAGGUAAAAAGCAGUUUUAUGCGGUUCUUAAACUGGUGGCAGCCCAUCAAGCAGGACUGGAUGUUUGUAGAGAUAUGGUAACAGCUGCUUUAGAUAUUAUAACUCUACCAAGAUUUACAUGGCCAACUUCUGGAGACGAGGAUGGUAGAAGAAGUACGGAUUCUACGAGAGGUAUAAAAAGUAGAUGUCAUGUACCUGAAAGUACUACGGAAAGUGAAAGCGAAGCAGAAUCUCCUAGAGAAACCGGCGGAAGUACGGAUUCUCCAACACCGACCAAUAGCGUUAUUCAAGAACGAAACGAUGGAAUGUUGGGUGGCGAUACAAUAUUGGAUACUGUUUCUGGCGGCUGGCAAGGUCUUCUUAUGUCCGAAGAGCAGAGACAAUUGUUAGGUACAGAAGAGGAGAGCUCGGAACGUCACAGCAGCGACGAAGGUGAAGGAGAAGGAGAUUGUUCGGGCUUUCCUCCGGAAGAGGUGUGGAUUAUCAGCGACGAGCAGCGUGACUAUUACGCUGCUCAAUUUGCGCAACUGCAGUCUGAUCCAGAAGGACUCCUAGCCGGACCGGUAGCUCGAACAUUUUUCGAGAAAUCUAGACUUCCUGUAGCAGAACUGAGACGUAUUUGGCAGCUAGCGGAUGUUACCAGAGAUGGAGCCUUGAGUUUACAAGAAUUUUAUGUAGCUAUGCAUCUAGUUGUCCUCAGAAGAAAUCAUGUACCACUUCCCGAUGUUUUACCUCCGUCCUUGUCAAUUCCAUUAGUUAUGCAAACUACAAAUGCACCGCCGCCAGUUUCAUCGACGACAAAGUGCCAAAGCAGUCCACCUAAUUCAGUAAAUAUGAGAGAUAAGAACAAGGAAUGGACAAAAUUCGUUGACUCGCCGACCGGCACAACUACCUCUCUCACGAGUCCUGGGCUACAGCUAGUUAAUUUUGAUUUUCAAAAAUCUGCCGUCGAGCGAGAUCCAAAAAUUUUACAUCCGGUAGCUCUUCGUUUAACGCCAGAGGCAGCUAUUCUGGCUUCUGGGGCCAAUGGUAGCAAUAGCAGUUGUACCACGUUAGGUGAAGACGAUUUGCAACAUUCUCCUGCAUCUUUGGUACAGCGACCGCUUGUUGUUAAAAAACCACCACAAUCGGCCGAAGAUGCUAUCAUAGUAACUCCAAAGAAGGAACCACCACCUCCACCACCUCCUAGGCCUUAUAGAACACACGCACGAAGUUCUAGUCUUGAUCUUAAUAAAUUAGGGAAAAACGGUCAAAGUUUUCUCGGAGCACCUCCGCUCGUACCGCCAAGAAUUUCACCAGGAAUCACUUCACCUCGAAAAUUGGUUGGCCAAAGAAGCGAAGGGGAGGGACAAAGGACGCUAAGCGAAAGUCAAGGUUUUGUAGCUGAUUUUUCGCAUUUUUCUCCAAAGAAUGAAUUACCUGAAAAUCCCUCGUUGGAGAAUAGUAUUCCGCAGUCUCAACAAUUUACGGGUGUCUGUGGUGCAUUUCAUAUUUAUAGGAAACCCAGUCCAAAACGAGAACUUGGAGAAGAAGAUUCUGCGAAAGAUGAUCCUGAAGAUGGUAAGAAAUUAACUUUGCAAGAAUUGCGAGAAAAGAAUGCAGAACUUCGACUAGUUUGUGAAGAAUUGACGCGUGAAUUAGCCAGCGCUCUUCAAGAACGUAUAAAUCUUCGUGCGAAACUCAUGCUUUUGGUCUGAUCCUUCCAUCUCGUCCUUCUUUCUCGUACAUACAUUCGAAGUACCGUUUUCCAUUCUUCAAUGUAAACUCAUGUAUUUAAUAUGUCGUACCUAGUCUAGAAUUGAUCUUCUUUCGACGGUAUAAUUAUAUGUAUAUCUGUCAAAGUCAAUUGUGCGAAUGAAAGAUAAAGGCUCGAACAAAAAUAAUGUUGCGGUAGUUCCGCUUUUUCUACAAUAAUUGGAGUUACUAUUUCCUGUCGUUGCAGGAUUCUACAGUGCAAAGAUAUAUAUAUAUAUAUACAUACAUAUACACAUACAUACAUACACAUAUAUAUAUACAUUUUUAUAAUGUUUACGCAUCGAUAACUAAGACGUCAAGUUCUUGAUUAUAUUUAGGUGGGCGUCUCUUUUUUUUUUUUUUUUUCCGAUGGAAUCCUAUGAAAAUUAUUCCUUCUUUGUACCGUGAAUGUAAAAGCUAUUUAUUAGCUUUGUAAUUACAUCCACUAAAGUUUUAGUAUUGCAAAUCGUCAGUCAUCUUUAUUUGAAAAUAUCUGUCGAUUGCCAAAAUUAUCAAAUGAUCUUUGUAUAUUGACGGAUAUCUCCAAACAAGAAAUUAUUUAUUAAAAGACGAUGUAAUAGUCUUAGCUUUACAUUUAUUGUACACUGCAAAACUAGAUAUUCAUUAAAAAAGACGUAUGAUAAACGCGUACAAGCGUAGUCAUUGUCUUCGCAUAGAAACUUGUCUGCGUCCAACAAAUCGUAUUCUAUCUUUAUUUAAAUUUACGAUAAUAGACUGAAAUGGUAGACACGUCAAAUGGUAAAAUCUCUAAUGAUAAACUUAAAUUUGAGAACGCGCAGGGGACCUUAUGCGAAGAGUAUUAACGAUCACGUUUGUACAUUUUUAACAACAAAGUCAACUUGUAUUUUCGUAUCGCUGUACAAUCAAAUUUUUCACUGCAUGAGGUAUAGCUUAGUAUUGAUAUACUAAGAAAAGUCUUACUAAAUCGUGUUUUACUUCGUGAUAGCUAUUGUAUUAUAUAAGUAUUUUAGGCAUUAGACAGAAUUAGACAAAGAGGAGAGAGAGAGAGAGAGUGAGAGAGAAAAACUUUAACGAAAAGAGAAUCUGCAGGAACAGAAUAAUUAAAGAAAUGAUCCGAUCGCAAAACAAAACACAAUGCCCGUGAUCGGAUUAUACAGAGUAUAUUAAUUUUUCUAUUCAUUCUUUAAAAGUCGUCUAUUACGAGAAUGAAAAUUAAAUGGCGAAAUAAAAUUAUCGAUUUUAUUGUUGUUAAUACGAGGAAAAAAAAAGAAAUUAAUUAUAAUGUUCUCUAUCCACCUUGUACAAUUCUUUAUGAAGUUACAAGAAACGUUAUUAUCUUUGUGCCAUAUAAUGCAAUAUUUUACUAUCCCACAAAUCCAAGCGAGAUAUUUUCCUUGAUCUUCAUGAUAUUAUUGUACAGUUAAAUCGUUUAUUGCAUUUUAUGUUGUUUGCUUCACUCUAGUCGAUAUUAAAGCUUAUAUAUUAACAAAUUUCUGUAAAAGAUCACACCACUAUGUUCUCACCAAAUUUGAUUGCUAAAUUGAAAAUAAAUUUCUCUGUAAAUAUAAUUAUAAAAUAAAUUUCUUACCGAUAGAUGUGGUGUUUGCAAAAGCAAUCGAGUAAGUAUAAGACGUAUGUCUUCAGACGCUACAUUUAAUUGGUUAGACAAUCAAAUGAAAACUCGAUAAAUGUUUAUUUAUAGAUAAAGUCAAGUUCAAUUCAACUAAAAAUUAUUUAUGUUAAAUUAUUGCAAGUUUUAACCAUGCUUUUAAAUAAUCUAUCGAAAUAUUGUUCGAAGCUAAAGAAAGGUCAGCAGAAAGAAUAAACGAAACGUGUUUCACUUUCGUAACAAUCUUUUAUUCGUUUCAAUGCGAGAAUGAAAAAUAAUUAUUAAUGACUUCAAGAGGAAAUCACGAACGAUGUGACAUAUUCGAUGAUGUAAGAUAAAAUGGAGAGA